AUGAACAAUUCAAAAUAUUAAACUUCACUUGCCAGGUAGCUUGAGUUAUUAACUCAAAAUGAAAAAGCUGCUUUAUUUUAUUUAUAAAAUGAUUAUAAUAAAGAAGAAUUAGUGAAGCUAGCAUUAAAUUUAUAGCAAACGAUCUUACAAGAGUAAAAUGAAAAAUUAAAUUUGCAGAAGUAAAUAAGUAACUUGAAGGCGACUUCUUAAGAAAGUGAAAUGAGCUAAUAAGGCAAAAUUGCAAUCAGUAAAUUUGAUAAGCUUUGUAUCGAAUAUGAGAGACUCUAUGAAGCGAAUUAAAAAAUUUCGAAAGAACAUUUAAUGAUAGAAGUCAAAAAUAAAGAAUUAAUUGAAUCCUUAAAGAAAUAAAAAGAUGAGGCUGAUAAAAGGCUAUUUAAAUAUCAAGAAGACAUUCUUAAAGCCUAAGAUCAAUAGAGAAUUCCAUUUCCUUAGAAUACUAAAUAUGAGUAGGAAUUUAAGAAAUUUACGGAGCAUUUUUUAAAUAUUUCAACCAAUUGCAGCAUCACUAGCGAUCUUUGUUAAAAAUUAAUUGAAAGUAAACAAAGAGGAUAGGAAGAAGUUGAGAUACUUUUGAGUAAAAUCGAGGGGAUAAAAGGAGUUAUAGAAGAUUUGAAUCAAUAAUAUGUACAUUUUAGGGCUAAGAAUAAAGUCACUGAUAUUUAGGUAGAUAAUGUAUUGAAAAAUCAUUAAAGUCUCCUACAAUUAAAUUAGAUGAUUAUGAAAAAUUUUUAGCAAAUUUUGAUUUAAAUGAAGAUUGAUUUCGAUAAAUAAGACAAGAAAAACUGGAUAUUAGAAUAAGAGGUUAUUAAAUUAAAAGAGUAUGUUAAAAAUAUAAGCGAAACCUGUUAGAAUUUGAUAGAUGAAAAUAAGGAAAUCCUUUAGUCCUUAAAGAGAGUAUAAAACCAAUUGAUUGACUAAGAGAACACUAAUAUAACAAUAAAUAGUUAUCAUAGGUUUAAAGAAACUUUAAAAUUGUUGAAUGAAGAAUUCUAUUAGAUUUUAUUACUGUUUAGUUCUUAAGGCUUAACUAUUUCAUAGAUGUAAUUGAGAUUUUAGAAUUAAUACGAUGUAAUUGCCAUAAUUGAUAAUUAAAAAUAAUUACUUCUAGGAAAUUCCCCUUCAAAUUGUGAAUAAUUAAUUUUAAUUUUGGAUAGGUUUAAGAACUUCUUUAACAGUCUCAAAUAAUACAUAGAUGAUUAAAAUUAACUCAUUGAUGUUUUCUAAAUUUAGGAUGACUUCUUUUCAUGUUAUGAAAAGGUGAUAAGAAAAUUAUCGGAGAAUGAAAAUCCUUAAUUGCAAUUAUGA